GCAAAAAAAAAAGCGUCGUGACAACCAACUGCUUCUUUUGUUCUUUUUUUGCUGGGCAUCCUUAGCAUUGAGCGUAGACGCCUCCCCAAACACGGCACUGCUGCAGCUUCACAUGGGGGCAUAUAAACAGGCAGAGGUGUCGCCCGGCUCUCCACUGCUCUCCUUCACUUCAUUUCGUUACUCUAGAGGUAUCUCGGUUUUUCCUAUACACCAUGGGCGGCAAGCAGACCAUCGUUGACCCGGAGAAGGACUUUGAGCCUCCCAAUUUCACCAUCAAGGAGCUGCGUGACUGUGUGCCGAAGCAUUGCUUCGAGCGUGACACCAUGCGGUCGUUCAGCUAUGUGGCGUAUGAUAUUCUGGGAGUCAUUGCGCUGGCCACAUGCGCGACGUACAUCCACCAGCUGCCGCUGUUCCUGCGCGCUCCGGCAUGGAUUGCGUACUGGAUCGCACAGGGCGUGGUGUGCACCGGGCUGUGGGUUAUCGCCCACGAGUGCGGCCACGGAGCGUUCUCAGACUCCAAGGCUAUCAACGACGCUACUGGGUGGGUGCUGCACUCGGCGCUGCUGGUGCCGUACUAUGCGUGGAGGCAUACGCACUCGCAGCAUCACAAGGGCACCAACAGCAUGACGCGCGAUGAGGUCUUUGUGCCGCGCACCAAGUCGUACCGCGGGCUGCAGGGUAAGCCGUCGACGCCGGCCUGGAGGACCGACACGCUGUUUGAGGAGACGCCGCUGUACCACAUCUACCUGUCGAUUGGGCAGUCGCUUGUUGGCUGGCCCGCAUAUCUGUACCGCAACGCAUCGGGGCCCAAGUAUGCGCGCGGCGCCUCGCACUUCAACCCGAACGCAGUGCUGUUCCGGCCUGACCAGUUCUGGCAGAUCGUCAUCAGCAACGUCGGCGUGCUGCUGACGGUGCUGGUGCUGACCUACUCGGCGUGGGUGUUCUCGACGGCUUCGGUGUUCUUCUACUAUCUGGUGCCGUAUCUGUUUGUCAACUUCUGGCUGGUCACCAUCACAUUCCUGCAGCACACCGACCCUGUGGUGCCGCACUACGCCGACGACUCGUGGAACUUUGUGCGCGGCGCGCUGUGCACUGUCGACCGCGACUACGGAUGGGUGCUCAACACCAUGCUGCACCACAUCCAGGACACCCAUGUUGCCCACCACGUGUUCUCGCAGAUGCCGCACUACCACGCUGAGGAGGCCACCCGCCACCUCAAGAAGAAGCUGGGAAAGUACUAUUACUACGACCGCACCAACUUCCUCUAUGCGCUGUACCACAACCUGCGCCACUGCCAGUUCGUCGAGGACUCGGGCUCCGUGCUGUUCUUCCGCAACACAUCGACCCCGGCCGCCAACUAGGUCCAUUUCUUUC